AUGCAUUCUGUUACUCUUGCCUCUGUUUCCCUUGUGGCAUCUCUUCUGUACACCGUAUGGCGUCUUGUGUACAAUAUUUACUUCCAUCCUCUUGCCAAGUUCCCUGGUCCAUGGUGGGCCGGUGCCACCUCAUAUGCAGAAGCGUACUUUGACAUCAUCAAAGGUGGCCGAUACUUCAUAGAGAUUGAAGCGAUGCAUGCUCGCUAUGGACCCAUCGUAAGGGUUACUCCAACAGAGCUAUCGAUUCGCGAUGCUGAGUUCUAUGAGCAUAUUUAUGGAUCUAUGAAUGCUCGCCGUGACGUUGAUGAGACUUUCGCAAGGGUCACCACCGCCUCCACUUCGCUCCUUUGUACUGUUAACCAUGAUCAUCACCGAAUCCGCCGAGGUCCCCUUCUUGGCUUCUUCUCGAAGCAGGCCAUCACAAAACUUGAACCAUUUAUCUCUUCUAGAGUGGGUCUACUUGUCGAGAAGCUCAAGCGAGCGUAUGAGGUCGGACAUGUGAUUGAAGCUAACGAUGCCUACUCCGCAUUAACAACCGACAUUAUUAGCUUCUACGCAUAUGGUAAGAGCUUCGACUACUUGGGGAAGGACACCGACUCCACGUUCAGGAACGACUUCCUACACGCCCUCAGCGAUAUGGCUUUCGCGCAACCAAUAAUGCAGCACUUUCCAUUCGUAGCAGACUGUCUGCGGCUUCUGCCUGAGUGGCUAUUAACAGCACUCAACCCAGGCAUAUCAUGCGCCAAUAACCUGCGCAUAUGGUGUUCUACGAAUGCUUCGAAAGCGCUCGAGGCCGCCAAGUCGAAUAAAAGGAAGCAUUCAGGAAAACCGGAAACGAUUUUUGAAGCACUGUUAAGCGACAGCUUGCCGCCCGAGGAGAAGACACUGCAACGUUUGACUGAUGAAGGCAUAGUUAUCUUAGGUGCAGGCCUGGAGACCACGGCGCGAUACUUGACAAAUGUCACAACCCAUCUCCUCCUUAAUCCGUAUUGUUUGGCCAAACUUCGAGCCGAGCUUAAGACGGUUAUGCCAACACCCGGAGACUGCCCACCCAGCAUUAUCUUGGAGAAUCUUCCAUAUCUGUCCGCUGUCGUUCAAGAAGGACUUCGUUGCGAGAGAGUCUUGGCGAGCCGCUUCACAAGAAAGCUUGUUGAGCCCCUGCCAUACAAGGACUUCUUGAUCCCCGCCGGUACCAACAUCGGAUGUGCAAUAUAUCUUCAGAACCACAUCGCCGAAGUCUUUCCUGAGCCUGAUAAGUUCCGACCGGAGCGUUGGAUCGAAGCGCGCGAACGGGGCGAAAAUCUAGUUAAGUAUCUAGCAACGUUUGUCAAAGGUGGCCGCAUGUGUCUGGGCAUCAAUCUGGCUUACACUGAGCUGUACAUGACGGUAGCGACGAUCUUUCGCAACUUUGAGAUGGAGCUCGUUGACUCUGGUCUCGAAGACAUCGCCAUGGCGCGCGCGUACCAGUUUAGCUUUACGGAGGACUACAGAUGGGGAGUCAAAGUCAGGAUCACGCAGGUUCUGAAGUAA